GGCCAAUCAUUACAUUCAAUGAAUUGUUUCGCUAAUUAGUAAUUAAAGCAAACAAUUAAAGCGAUCGCUAUAUUAAGUGCUGUUAUAAUAAUGCCAGCGAUUGAGGACUCGUUUGACGAGAGUAUCAACAAUAAUGUGGUCCACAAUAAGGAGACGAUUGUUGUGCCGAUCCUUCACUUCAACGACUGCUAUAAUGUGGAGCCCAGGAGUGAAGAGCCGUCGGGAGGCGCCGCCCGAUUGGUCACCGCUUUUAACUCAUUUAAACACUUGAAUCCAAUGGUUUUGUUCAGCGGAGACAUAAUCGCCCCUUCAAUCAUGAGCACAUUCACGAAAGGCGAGCAAAUGGUUCCAGUGGUCAAAGCUCUUGGUAUUGAUUGCGCUCUUUAUGGCAAUCAUGAGUUUGACUUCGGAGUCGAUAAUUUACUAUCGUUUGUAAGCCAAACAUCAUUUCCAUGGCUUAUGAGUAAUGUCUUCGACAACGAGACUAACCGUCCAUUAGGUGACGGAAAGGUUUGGCAUAUUCUGGACAAAUGUGGCAAAAAAUUUGGUAUAAUAGGGUUAAUAGAAGAGGAAUGGUUGGCAACAUUGGCCACUCUGGCACUCGACGACGUCACGUAUCUUGACUUUGUCUCUGAGGGCAGAAAAUUGGCUAAACUUCUCAAAGAAAAGGAAAAUGUAGAUUUUGUGAUUGCAUUGACACAUAUGCGGACUCCCAAUGAUUGUCGACUCGCAGAAAAUGUGGAUCAAAUCGAUCUGAUUCUCGGCGGUCACGAUCACGACUAUGAAGUGAAAAUAGUGAACGGAAAAUACAUUAUCAAAAGUGGUACCGAUUUUAGGCAAUUCAGUAAAAUCGAUAUCACAUUCAAUGAACAAACAUUUGAUAUUAAAGUCAAAGAAUUUAAUGUCAAUUCCUAUGACUACGAAGAGGAUAACGAUCUAAAGGCAGAACUCGAGAAAUAUUCUGAUGUAAUCGAAGGUAAAAUGGAUAGCGUUUUGGGACACUUAAGCUGCGAAUUGGACGGAAGGUUCGCAUCGAUCCGAACGAAGGAAACAAAUUUAGGCAAUUUAGUGGCCGAUAUAAUGCUCGCCUCUACUCAUUCAGAUCUCGCCAUUCUUAACUCGGGAACCCUUAGGAGUGACCAAAUUCACCACAAGGGACCCUUCAAGUUACGAGAUCUGGUGACAAUAAUGCCCAUGAUGGAUGCACUCAUUGUACUUAACGCCACCGGUCAGCAAAUAUGGAAAGCUUUGGAGAAUGGCGUCUCUCUAUGGCCUCGACUGGAGGGCCGUUUCCCACAAGUGGCCGGAAUUAAGUUUUCAUUCAAUCCGUCCAAACCGGGCGGCAAUCGAAUCGAUCCAAAGUAUAUUAAGAUCGGCGACGAAUACCUCGAUUUGGAGCAAAACUAUAGACUCGUUACUAAAGCAUAUCUAAGUCAAGGAAAGGAUGGAUACGAUGUCCUCAAAGAGUGUGAAGUACUUCAACACGAAGACGAAUGUCCGGAAAUGGUUACUUCAGUUCAAAAUCAUUUUGAGUCGAUUAAAAUAUUGACCGGUAAUACGAGGCGAACCCAUCACAGGCAGAGUCUGGUCUGUAUCUCUCGGCGCACAUCAGUGGUCAAAAUGCAUGACAUCGGAAGUCUUGAUUUGAAUUUAAUGACUCAAAGCUCUCACGACUCGCAAUAUUACUCUAAACACGAAAACAGUCCACUCAGGGGUCCGAUGAAGAAAGUGAUGAGUUUGGACGGCCGGAAGUCCACUCUCACCCGUUGCCCGUCCUUUGAGAAUAUUGAAUACGAAUACUGCAAACUCGAGCCCAGAGUCGAGGGAAGGAUCAAUGUUUUAACUGAAGAGGUUUCACAACAACUCGAAAGAGAAAAACAAGAGUAUAUUUCUUCUAAUCUAUUAGAAGAUCCCAUUCCUGAAGAAGACAAUGAAGUGGAAGAGUCGCUAUCGACUUAA